CGUCGCUUCAUUGAUGAAUGCCGAAGCUAUAGCGGUCCUUGCUCGUUCCAAGGUUCGAUGCCCCGGUCGCCGCCCGGAUGACACUGCCAACCCCGGUGGUAGCCGGCGUUGCGGCUGGCGCCGCCGCGCUGCUACUGGCCGCCGCCCUCGCCGUGGCGUGGUGGUGGCUCGUGAUCGUGAGGCGGCGCCGGCGCCGUGACCGGAGCUCCGACACCGGAUCCUCGUCGGAGGCUCCUCCUCCCACGCUGGCGGAGUGGGGCCGGUGCGGCCGCACCUCGUCGGCGCCCGAGUUCCACGGCGCCAGGCAGUUCUCGCUGGAGGAGCUGGCGCACGCCACCAACGGCUUCGCCGAGGCCAACCUGGUCGGCGCGGGGGCCUUUGGCCUGGUGUACAAGGGCCUGCUGCUAGACGGCACCGUCGUCGCCAUCAAGCGCCGCGCGGGCGCGCCGCGCCAGGACUUCGCAAACGAGAUCAGGAGGCUGUCAGAGAUCUGGCACCGCAACGUCGUGACGUUGAUCGGCUUCUGCCAAGAAGGCGGUCUACAGAUGCUGGUGUUCGAAUACCUGCCCAACGCCAGUGUCAGCGGCCACUUGUACGACACCGGCAAGGAGACGAUGACCAGGCUGGAGUUCAAGCAGAGGCUGUCAAUAGCCAUUGGAGCAGCUAAAGGUCUGAGUCACCUCCACAGCCUGGCGCCGCCGCUGAUCCACAGGGACUUCAAGACGAGCAACGUGCUGGUCGACGAGAACUUCAUCGCCAAGGUGUCCGACGCCGGGAUCCACAGGCUGCUGCGAGGGCCUGAUGGUGGCGCCGUCGCCGCUCUGGCGAGUCGCGGUGUCUUCCAAGACCCGGAGGUACAUUCAUCGGCGCAGGCGCAGCUCUCUGAGACUGAGAGCAGCGACGUGUACAGCUUCGGGGUGUUCCUUCUCGAGCUGGUCACAGGCAGGGAGGCUGCGGGGCUGAUGCCGCCGGGGUCCAGCAAGGACUCUCUCGCUCAAUGGAUGGAGGCGCGUUUCGCCUCGAACGAGCUGGUCGACCCGAGACUGGGAGGGAGCUUCACCUCGGAGGGUAUGGCGGAGGUGGUGGGCCUGGCGUCCAGCUGCCUGAGCCCGUCGGCGAGGCGGCGGCCCAGGAUGCGGCUGGUGGCGGCGGAGCUGGACCGGAUCCUGGAGAAGGAGAUGGCCCUGACCACCGUCAUGGGCGACGGCGGCACCGCCAUCGUCACGCUCGGCAGCCAGCUCUUCACGUCCUGACUGACCGGGAUCCGAUGGCUGGCAUCGUCGGCCCAAGGAGGAAGCAUGGUCGCCGACGAAGAGACCCCCGCGUUGCUUCCUUCGUGUCCUGGGCCGGGAGCUGAACGACGCAACGCGAUGCAAGCAGUUCGUGGCCGCCGGUGAUUCUCCAGCUCACUGCUCACCUCAGGAAAUUUCAAGAGACGGCGACAGGCGCGCGAACCUGUGUCCUGCAUUUUCUUCAGUCUUCCAUGUUCAGAGUUCCGUUGGAUUUCAUCCAGCAGCUCAGCCAAAAUAUGUGUAUGUGUAAAAAUUCACAUCUGGAAUUGGAAGAUGGAAUUUAUACUAGUA